AUGACAGUGGAAAACAGAAUAAGCAUUUCCAUCGAUAGAGGUGGAACCUUCACUGAUGUUCUUGCUAUCAUCCCUGGAAAAGAAGACUAUGUGUUCAAGUUAUUAUCUGUGGAUCCAAGCAACUACAAGGACGCGAACAUUGAAGGAAUAAGAAGAGUACUUGAACAUGCUCAUGGUGUGAAAAUCCCUAGGAAUGUUCCCCUUGACACUUCUACGAUUGAGAGUAUCAAGCUCGGUACCACUGUUGCAACAAAUGCUUUGUUGGAAAGAAAAGGUGUACCAACGGCCUUAAUAACUACUGAAGGAUUUAAAGAUAUUCUCCAUAUUGGAAACCAGUCUCGUCCAGACUUGUUCGCCCUCAACAUCGUCAAACCUGAGGCUUUGUACAAGAAGGUUGUUGAAGUCGAAGAGAGAGUCACUUUACCCGCUUUCACCGAAGAUGCUAAAGGAUAUGAUGCGAAAGACUUGCUCAAUGGCCAAACCUAUGUGUUGGGUGAAACUAAAGAAGUCGUCAAGAUUAUCAAACCUCUCAACGUGGACAAGACUAGGGCUCAAUUGCUUGAGUUGAAGCAGCAAGGAAUCGUAUCUGUUGCCGUAGUGUUGAUCCAUGGCUACAACUAUCAAGAACACGAGAAACAAAUUGGUGCAUUAGCAAAUGAACUCGGGUUUGUUAAUGUCACCUUGUCCCACAAGGUGUUGCCCAUGAUUAAGGCCGUUAACAGAGGCCAAUCUGCAUGUGUCGAUGCUUAUCUUACGCCUAUUGUCCAAGAAUACAUCAAGGGUUUGAUUAGUGGGUUUGAGGAAGGAUUCGAAAAACAUACCAGGGUCGAGUUCAUGAUGUCAGAUGGUGGUUUGUGUGACUACAAAAAGUUCACGGGGUUGAAGUCUUUAUUAUCGGGACCAGCUGGUGGAGUUGUUGGACAAGCUAGGACCUGCUUUGAUAUUGAUGAUGGAACUCCAACUAUUGGAUUUGAUAUGGGUGGUACUUCUACUGAUGUCAGUAGAUACGCUGGGUUGGCUUUCGAACAUGUCUUUGAAACCACCACUGCUGGGAUUAAGUUGGCGGCUCCUCAGCUUGACAUCAAUACUGUUGCUGCAGGGGGAAGUUCCAUUUUAUCCUACAGAAACGGUCUUUACCAAGUUGGUCCUGAAAGUGCAAGUGCUCAUCCAGGUCCAGUGUGUUACCGUAAAAAUGGGCCUAACUUAACCAUUACUGAUGCUAAUUUGAUGUGUGGAAGAAUCUUACCUGAGUUCUUUCCUAAGAUCUUUGGUGAAACUGAAGACCAACCGUUGGACAAAGAGGCUGUCAUUAAGAGAUUCACCGAAAUGGCUGAAGUUAUCAACGCUGAUAAUCCAAACAUGACUCCCAAGACCCCGUAUGAAAUUGCUCUUGGGUUUUUGGACGUGGCCAAUGUGGCUAUGGCCAAACCAAUUAGGCAAUUGACUGAAAACAAGGGUUUUGAUGUCACUAAACAUAACUUGGCUUCUUUCGGUGGUGCUGGUGGGCAACAUGCCACUUCUAUUGCUAGAGCAUUAAAAAUGAAGAGAAUUGUCAUUCAUAAGUAUUCUUCGAUCUUGUCUGCCUAUGGUAUUGCCUUAUCUGACGUUGUUCACGAAGCUCAAGAACCAUCUUUGACCGUUUAUAAUUCGUCAUCUAAAGACUACUUAUUGGACAGAUGUACUGCGUUAAAAGAGAAGGUUGCUUUGGAGUUGGCUGAACAAGGAAUUUCGGAUGUUGAUUACCAAGUAUUUUUCAACAUGGGUUACAAAGGUUCUGAUUCCAAAUUGAUGAUCUUGCAAUCCGACAAAGACUUCUUGACUUCCUUUUACGACACUCAUCAGAGAGAGUUUUCUUUUAAUAACUUCAAGAAAGAAGUCAUCGUUAAUGACAUCAGAGUCAGAGGAAGUGGUUCUGUCAACAGAAUUCAAGAAAGGUCCCCUUUCAAGGAUUUGGCGGAAAUAACCCAGGUUCCGGUCGCAGACGGAUUGGAAAAGAUCUUAUCUCCUGUCUACUUCAAUGGGGGGUUCCAAGAGUCUAAAGUGUAUUUAUUAGGAGACUUGCCAGUUGGAUCGCAGAUUAAGGGACCAGCCUUAGUAUUGGACUCCACCCAGACUUUACUUGUGGAUCCGAACUCCGUGUUGACUGUUUUGCCCAGACAUGUCGUGGUGGACUUGGACUACAACUCCAUUGAUACCAAUAAGAACUUAUCCAUCGAUGCUGUCGAUCCAGUACAAUUGUCUGUGUUUUCACAUAGAUUCAUGUCCAUUGCUGAGUCUAUGUGUACGACGUUACAAAAGAUUUCCGUCAGUGCCAACAUCAAAGAAAGACUCGAUUUCAGUUGUGCCUUAUUUGAUGAAUGCGGAAACUUGGUUGCAAAUGCACCAUCAGUUCCAGUUCACUUAUGUGCCAUGUCUUUCGCAGUUAAGUAUCAGAUUAAUUAUUGGGGAUCUGACUUGAAACCUGGUGAUAUCUUAGCAACCAACCAUCCGAAGGCUAUGGGAACCCAUUUACCAGAUAUCACGAUUAUCUCCCCAGUUUUCAUUGAAGGGAAAAUCCGGUUUUUCGUGGGGUCUAGAGCCCAUCAUGCAGAGAUUGGUGGAACAGUCGCCGGUUCAAUGGACUCAUCUGCCACUAGCCUUGAUCUGGAAGGUGCAAAGUUUGUGGCUUGGAAGGUUGUUCAAAACGGAGUGUUUGAUGAUGCCGGAGUACAGAAAUACUUUGUUGAUGACUUAAAGAAAAUUCCAGGAUCUUCUCCCUCCAGGAAACUUAGUGACAACAUUUCUGACUUGAAAGCUGCUAUUGCUGCCAACCAAAAAGGUAUCAACUUAUUGAGUGAUGUUUUCAACGAGUACGACACUGAGUAUGUUUUAUUCUAUAUGAGAAGUAUCAAGGAUACUACCGAAGCAGCUGUCCGAUCAUUCUUGAAAAAGUUAGCCAAACAGAAAGGAAGUAAGCCUUUGACUGCCGUCGACUAUAUGGAUGACGGAGCCCGUAUACAAUUGAAAAUCACCAUUGAUGAAGCUAAAGGAAGUGCUGUGUUUGAUUUCACCGGUACAGCAGAAGAAACUUUCAACUGUUUCAACGCCCCAUCUUCUGUGACCUCUUCAUGUAUCGCCUACUGUAUGAGAUGUCAUAUCACAGAAGGAGACUUGCCUUUGAAUGAAGGAAUGCUUUCUCCAAUUGAGGUGAUUAUUCCACCUGGUACCGUAUUGAAUCCUAGUGUAACAGCUGCUGUUUCUGGAGGUAAUGGAAUCACCUCUCAGAAGAUUGCCGAUGUUAUCAUGAAGGCCUUGGGAACGGUUGCAGCCUCGUAUGGGUGUAUGAACUGUAUUACUUUUGGUCAGGGUGGAUACGAUAAAGAAACUGGUGAAAUGAUUCCUGGUUUCGGGUUCGUCGAAACUAUAGGUGGAGGUUCGGGUGCAGGAAAUGGUUUCCACGGAUUCAGUGGUACCCAGUGUAAUAUGACUAACACCCUUAUGACUGACCCUGAGGUGUUGGAACAGAGGUAUCCUGUUGUCUUGAAACAGUUCCGUGUACGUGAAGGAAGUGCUGGUAUCGGAAAGUGGAAUGGAGGUGAAGGAUUGAUUAGAGAGCUCCAAUUCACAUCUGCUUGCCACGCUUCGAUCUUAACUCAAAGAAGAGUUUUUAGACCAUACGGAAUGGCUGGUGGAGGUGAAGGAGGAAGAGGAGAAAACAGACUUGGAAAGAUUAGGGCUGACGGAAAGACGAUCGACUGGAAGCACGUAGGCCCAACAGCUGAGAUCGAAAUCGAUAUAGGUGAUAUCAUCAAGAUCUCAACUCCUGGAGGUGGAGGCUAUGGAGUUGCAAAUGAAGAAAGUGAACCGUCUACCUCGGUUGUGAAACCGUCAACAGUUGUCACUGCUGGUGGCAGUUUCUACCAGUAUAGAGAAGCUAUGAACAGUUCGCAAUAGGCAUGUUCACUAUAGGUUUUUAGUAUAUUUUACCAUAUGUUUG